AUGGAUCCUCCAUCGCCCUCUUCAUCCGAUGAUUCAAUCGAUCUUGACGACGCUAUUCUUAGUACCGUCGCUUUGACAGUUACUACUAUGAUUCAAGCCGCAGAAGACGAGGAGGACGAGGAAGACCAACUUUCGCCUAGAAGAAGAACGGUUCUGGAACGUCGACGUGAGGAGGCAUACGCGCGAUUGGUCCGCCUUUACUUUGCUGAGCGACCCUUAUUUGGCGUGAGGGAUUUUAGACGUCGCUAUCGUAUGAGCAAGCGGCUAUUUUUGAGAAUUACAAAUGACUUGGAAGAAAGGUAUCCAUAUUUUCAACAAAGAAUGGAUGCUCGUGGGAAGCUGGGUUUCAUGCCGAUACACAAGACUACCUCUGCGCUUCGUCAAUUAGCAUAUGGGUGUAGCGUCGACUUGUUUGACGAGCAUUUGGAGAUGUCGGCUAGGACUUCCUGGGAGUCGCUGAUAUAUUUUUGUAAAGGUAUAAAUGAAAUGUAUGGACCGACAUACCUACGGAGACCUACAUCUAUCAAUCUUGAACGAAUAUACGAUGUGCAUGAGUAG